AUGCCCGGAAAUACAUUGCCCGGACUUCCACGGGUUACGGUCGCAGCACGACGACGCAAGAUUGCCAAGGCUUGCGAUUUUUGCCGCGAGCACCGUAUUCGCUGUGAAGCCGUCACUCCAUGCCCUCAAUGUGUGGCCAACGGUGUGGCCUGCCAUCGUUCUCGUCCAUCAAAAAAUACACGGAGGAGUAGUAUAAUGCGAAACCAAGGCAGGUCGGAGGUACAACCCGCAGCCCAACCAUGGGAAAAUAGCACAUCGAUCAUUGGCUCUCAUCCCGAUGAAGAUAUUGGGCCAACACCGUCGCCAUCGGCAAAUCUGGCAUGGACUUCGCAAAAGACGGACUCAAUUAUGGGAUUCAUUGCCCGGAUCAACGCUUUUUGCUCAACUCUAUCACCGAAUUCACCAAACACUAUUCCAUCUGGAGAUGGCCCUCACUUAGACCAGACCUCGCCAUUCCCGCCCAGUAUUGCGCAGGAAACACUCCAGUCAGAAUGCGACUUGUCGCCUGAGCAGAUAAAACAGCUAAUGAAAAUUUUCUGGACUCGUUUUUGUCCACAAAUGCCAAUAGUUCAACGGGAGGAUCUAAACACCCCUUGUCAAGAGAUGCAUGGAGCUCCCUCGCCUUUGCAAGAUGCCAUCAUUGCAUAUUCCUUGCAUUCUAUCUAUUGUUCAGGACUUCAGAACAGAAUUGUUGGUCUCAACUGGCCUCAAUUCCGCCGACCAAAAUCAACAAUUGGAAUGCCUUACUUUCAGCGUUGCCUCUCGGCCAUCACUCAAUUCACUUCAUUCGCAACUCCAACAAUAUCCAUGAUGCAAUGCUUCUGCUAUCUAACACUGUAUCUGUUGGAUGUUGGAUAUCACCAAGCUGCAUAUAACAUGGUUGGACUGGGUCUUCGUAUUGCGCAAUCUCUCAACUAUAUGGAUUCACGAAACGGUGGCUAUAGGGAAUGUCAGCUGUUUCGGCGCAUCUGGUGGACCUUGAUUCAUCUUGAUUUCCGCUGUUCGAGACACGUGGGCAAGCCUGUUAGCAUCAAUAUCGAUGAUUUGAUGUGCCUAAGGCCUGGCGGAGAGCUAGAUGACAUCAACCUCUCAAAUGGCUUAUUGUUUCACACAGAGUCCAUUCGUCUUACAGCCGCUGCACUCGUUAUGAAUGACUCGAUUGAUCGCUACUCGGCUUCUCUGCCGAGUGGAGCAACUGAUCCAACAUCCGUUGAAUCGCGUGCUAGAAAUUUAUCAUCUUUGCUACAUCAUCUAAGAAGUUGGCGCGAUGAACAAACCUGGGCGAAAGACUUUGCGAACAUACGUUUCGAAGUUCUCAAUCUACCAACUGAUCCCAAAGAGGCCCUUGCCGAUGAGGAUCAAGACUCAGAACAGCCUCCAAUGAUCAACUUACUGAGCACUCUAUUAUUGCUGCAGUAUCACAAUGUUGUGGUCGGCUUUCACCGCGUGUUCAUAGACCUCCCCAGUGAACCACUCGUUCCAAAAUCUACCCCAAAAGCAGACGCACACGCCGCAACCGCACUUAACCAUGCUUUGACGAUGAUUAAAAUUGCCCAUCGUAUCAUGGCAACUCAAGAUGUUCUCCACGGUCUCUCUGAGUUAUACCAGUACCUAUGGAACGCAGUAAUAACGAUAGUCGGAUACAGGCUCGCAUAUCCAUACUGUCAUCACUGUCUGCGAGUUAGAGAAUACCUCCAACUUGCCCUUGAAAUCUUCGACUCGGCUGGCACCAACAACUUCACAGCAACAAGGGCAGCUACUCUGACUCGGAACCUUUGCACCAAAGUUGUUACUCUAGUUCAAGUCUUGACCAAGCCUCAACUCACUCUUGGGACAUCCUCAUUUUCCGCUCCAAGCACCGAGCCACGAUUCAUCGAGAAUCAUCAAAGCGACCCGAUGUUCUCUGCUGUUGCAAGCGAUGGCAAUGCAAUGCCUGACUUGAACAUGGACCUACUUGGGUCCUCGACCACUAACAUCAAUAUGGAUGCAUGGCCUAGUUACUUCAAUGAAGUCAGCGAGGCAUUUAUGGACCCGGCGGAAUUCUUUACGCCACACAAUCUGUGA